GGCACUGCUUUGCGGCUUGAGGUUGGCAGCCUCAUUAAAAGCUGAGCGAAUCCAAGUCCGGUGCGAUUCCAAGCUAGUGGUAGGCCACGUCACUUGAGAAUUUGAGGCCAAGGAUGAACGAAUGAAGAAGUAUAGAGACACUGCCCUGGAGUUUCUUAAAGCAUUUGGGGCGUACCGGAUAGAGCAGGUUCCUCGGGAAGAGAACGCUGAGGCAAAAAUCUUGUCAAAGCUUGGUCUGGAUUCCCCGGAUCAUAUUAAGGCAAUGACCCAGGAAGAAGAGUUGCUCGAGCCAAGCAUCAGUCCCGGACAAGUGCUGAUCAUCACACUCAAAGAGGAGCCGGAUUGGAUUGAUGAGAUUACCAUGUACAUCCUUGACGGGUCGCUACCUAUCGACCCAAUCGCGGCAAAGGUGGUGAGACGACGUGCACCCAGCUACACGCUGGAGUGCGGUCGGCUGUAUAAGCGAGCGUACAAUGGUACAUUGUUGAGGUGCUUAAGAGCGGGCGAGGCACAGAAGUUAAUGGAGGAAAUCCAUGAGGGAAUAUGUUCAGCACAUCAGGGAGCCUUCACAAUGUCCAGGAAGGUGACCCUACAAGGAUACUUUUGGCCAACGAUUAUCAGAGAUUGCGCAGAGUACGUGCGCAAAUGCAAG